GAAGAGCUGUACCAGGUUCAGGGGGGAGAGGGAAAUACUAUUUUAAGAGGUGGAAUGAACUUUAGUUGUCUGGAAGGUGGCGGUAAUGCAGCUAAAGCUGGUUGCCAACCGCCAUUAAAAACAGCUGAAGAAGAAGAAGAAGAAGAAGAAGAAGAAAAAAAAGAAGAGGAAGAAGAAACUACUACUACUGUAAACACGCAUGAGGAUGCUGAUAUGACUGUACUAUGGAGAGUCUACGGGUGCUCGAGCUUUACAGUGGGAUUGGGGGAAUGCAUUAUGCUUUAAAAGAAAAUCUUCAUUUGUAGUUCUUGUCUUUUUCUUCUUCCAGCAUCCCUGCCCACGUAGUGGCUGCCGUCGACAUAAACACCACCGCCAAUGAGGUCUAUAAGCACAAUUUCCCUGACACCCCCCUCUGGACCAAGAGCAUUGAGGGCAUACCACUAGAUGACUUCAAUAAAUUAUUUGUUGAUGUGAUUUUGAUGAGCCCUCCUUGCCAGCCUUUCACCAGGCUAGGACUUCAGGGUGACAUUCGUGACCCCAGAACCAAGAGCUUCCUCUACAUCCUCGAUCUUCUGCCAAGGCUGAACAGGCUUCCUCGCUUCAUCCUGCUGGAGAAUGUGAAAGGCUUUGAGAGCUCCUCUGCCAGGGACCUUUUGAUAAAAACACUGAUGGAAGGUGGAUACAGAUUUGAGGAGAUCAUGGUCUCCCCCACAAGUGUUGGGAUUCCAAAUUCAAGACUGCGAUAUUACCUGAUUGCACAGCUUUCGACAGAAACCUUCAGCAUCCAGGCUUGUUCCAAGAUUUUAGAUGCCUUCCCACAUCCUGCUGAGAGUGAUUCCUCUGAGCAGCCCACAGUUGUGAGUCCUGCCCACCCAGGUAGCAGCCAGCUAGACAAGGAAACAGAGGAAGGACAUUUCCUGUAUAAGCUAGAAACAACAGCGGAAGUCCAGAGGAAGAAGAAUCAGAAUAAUGACCUGUCUGUCAGACUGAUCCAAGGCUUCCUGGAACCACAGUCAGAAAGAAACAUGGAACAGUAUCUCCUUCCUCCUAAAACACUGCUGCGAUACGCUAUGGUCAUGGACAUUGUUCAGCCCACAUGCAGAAGGUCUACCUGCUUUACCAAAGGCUAUGGGCGCUAUGUGGAAGGAACCGGCUCAGUGCUGCAGAGCUGCAUGGAAACAGAGAUGCAGAGUGUAUUUACUGGUCUGGACCAGCUCUCUGACGAAGAGAAACUCCAGCGGCUGAUGAAACUGAAGCUCCGGUAUUUUACUCCAAGAGAAGUUGCCAGCCUCAUGGGUUUCCCUCAAAGCUUCUCCUUUCCCGAGCACAUCCCAACCAAGCAGCGGUACAAAGUUCUCGGAAACAGCCUUAAUGUUGUGGUGGUGGCCAGACUCCUCCAGCUGCUGGUCUCCUAGCACUUUAUUAGUCACUAUGGAUAAUUAUUACAGAGUGCUGUCUGACUAUUGGUUGUGUUUUGAAAGUGUAUAGUCUUUGUCAGAGAGGUUAACUGGUGAAAUGUUAGUCAAACUGGUCAGAAAUGCUUCAUAGCAACAUUAUCCCUCAACAGACUGAGUACAUGU